ACUUCUUUUUCCAAGAUGGCGUCGAUGAAGGACAGCGACACCGGCCUGUGGCUUCACAACAAGCUGGGCUCCACGGACGAGCUGUGGACGCCCCCGAGCAUCGCCUCCCUCCUCACCGUGUCCGUGAUCGACAACAUUCGGCUGUGCUUCUCCAGCCUGUCGCCGCCGGUGAAGCUCAAGCUGCUGCUCGGGAUGCUGCAUCUCCCCCGGAGGACCGUGGACGAGAUGAAGGAGGCGCUGUCGGAGAUCAUCCAGCUGGCCACGGUGGACUCCGAGCCCUGGGUCCUGAUGGUGGCCGACAUCCUCAAGUCCUUCCCGGAGACGGGCUCGCUCAACCUGGACCUGGAGGAGCAGAACCCAAACGUGCAGGACAUUCUGGGAGAGCUCAGGGAGAAAGUCGGUGAAUGUGAGGCGUCCACCAUGCUUCCUCUGGAGUGCCAGUACCUGAACAAGAGUGCGCUGACCACCCUGGUGGGACCGCUGACUCCCCCUGUCAAACAUUUCCAGCUCAAGAGGAAGCCCAAGAGUGCCACCCUGCGAGCCGAGCUGCUCCAGAAGUCCACAGAGACGGCCCAGCAGCUGAAGAAGACCGCCGGAGUGCCUUUUCACGCCAAAGGGAGAGGAUUGGUGAAAAAGAUCGACACGACAACUCCUCUCAAAGGGAUUCCUAAAGCGCCGUUCCGCAGCCCGCCCACCCCCAGCAUGUUCAGCCCCCCCAGUAACCGCACGCCCAUCGCCCCCCCGCGGACGCCGCUGCGCAAAGAGAGAGGAGUGAAGCUGUUAGACAUCUCCGAGCUGGACGCCGUCGGAGGAGGAAGAGAGGCCAAGAGGAAGAGGAAGAUCCUGGAACCGGAGGCUGGAGAGAAAGCGGCGAAAGAGGAAGCGGUGGUGGAGAACACGACGCCCGACUACGCCGCCGGCCUCGUCUCUGCGCAGAAACUGGGGGCGCUGAACGAGAACCCCCUCCCCUCCACCAGCUACCUCCCGGCCACGCCCAGCAUGGUUCCCUCCUCCUCCUACAUUCCCAGCUCAGAGGCGCAGCCAGCCAACGCCGGCGGCUCCGGCCGGGACCCGCUGCAGGCGGCCCGCCAGCCGGAGGAGUCGGCCACGGCGGGUGCUGGUGCCGGCGCCGCCCUCCCGGGCCAGUACAAGCAGAGGACGCCCAUGUACAACGCCAGCACCGCCGCCAACCCCGCCACGCCCACGUCGCCCAGCACGCCGGUCUCCACGCCCGCCAGCAACGGCCCGGCGGCGGCGGCCACCGCCGCCACCCAGCCGGAGACCCCCACCCAGCCGCCCGGCACGCCCCAGACCCCGACGCCGGCGCCGGCCCCCGCCACGCCGCAGCCGCAGCCCAAGAAGAACCUGUCGCUCACGAGAGACCAGAUGUACGCCGCCCAGGAGAUGUUCAAGACCGCCAACAAGGUGACCCGGCCCGAGAAGGCGCUCAUCCUGGGCUUCAUGGCCGGAUCCAGAGAGAACCCGUGCCCAGAGCAGGGGGAGAUCAUCCAGAUCAAGCUGAGCGAGCACACCGAGGUGCUGCCCAAGGCGGACGGCACGGGCAGCACCACCAUGCUGGUGGACACGGUGUUCGAGAUGAACUACACCACGGGCCAGUGGACCCGGCUCAAGAAGUACAAACCCAUCACCAACACCUCGUGAGGCGGCGCUGCCGCCGGACGCCGCCGCCUCCCCCACGACGCUCACAGAUCCACACGUUUACACGCAGAAAAACAAGUAUUCGCAUCCGGGCCAAACGGGGCACCGGGAAGGUCAGAGGUCACGGAGGAGCCGGGACGCCGGAGUCUUUAGAGCUCGUCUUCUGUUUCGUUUCCUUCUCGGUUGUUUUCCUCUCUUGUUGUUUUUUAAGCCUCCUCUGAACCGCGCCAUGCUCAGGAGCAGGGGAACCCCGCGGCGUUCGCACCGGCAACUUGUCUCCAGCCCUCCUGUACAGACGCGGCGUCCGUUCGCAGCAGUGUUUUGGUGACGCGACUGGGACGCCGGAUAGUUCCGUUGGGAGCCUUCCGGUAGAUGUUCAAUCAUUUUUUCAUCCUUUUUUCAAAAGAAGGGAAGAAAAAUAAAGUGACGACAGACUCAACACGUGGUUUUGUUUCUUCUCUCGCGUUCAGAAUGACACCAGAUGACAAACUUCAUUGUUUUUCUUUUAUUGGCUUAAUUAUUAGAAAUUAAAAAUAAUGUACAUUUUUAAAGCUUUUCCUCACUUGAAAAUAAACGAAUCACACUGGA